AUGCCUCCGACACAUAUCGCAGUGCUGGGUGGGGGUCUCACCGGACUGUCGUCUGCUAUACAUCUCGCUCGACGGUUUCCGACAUCGAAGAUCACACUUCUGGAGAAGCAGGGUAGACUAGGCGGAUGGGUUCGCUCAGAACGCGUGGAUUUGCCGCAAAUUGGUGCAUCUGUAUUGCUGGAGGGGGGACCAAGGUCAUUGCGACCUAACGGCAAAUCGGUCCUUGAACUGGACGAAGUCAUCACAGUUCCAAAAACCGCCCCUCCUGCAAAGGCUCGUUUCCUAUAUAUCCCGAAGUCCAAUGGCUAUUCAGGACCCUCUGGCCUGCAGCGUAUACCGUCAUCCAUCUUUUCCAUGCUUUCCUCCCCAUUGGCAUCAGUGAUGCUACCAGCCGUUCUAUUCGAACCCUUCAAACGUUACAAUCGACCUAGUAACAUCCGUGAUGAGAGCGUGGAUUCCUUCUUCACCCGCCGGCUCGGGGAAACCUUUGCUCGAGUUUUUGGAAGUGCGCUGGUACACGGAAUAUAUGCUACAGACUCUCGAAAGCUGAGCGUUCGUGCCGCUUUCCCCUCUAUAUGGGAAGCGGAAGAGCGAGGGCGGGGAAGUAUUGUACGGGGAUUUCUUACACCCAAGAAAAAGAAAGAUUUGGCUGAGGAGGAAACGUACGAUUUAGGUGACGUCCCCGAAAUCAUGCGCGGAAUAUCCGUAUAUUCUUUUAGAGAUGGCAUGGAGACGUUGACCAAGGCCAUGGAACGUAAUCUGGAGACCACACCCAACGUCGGCAUCACAAAAAAUGCGCAUGUAUCCAGCCUUAAGCUACUGGAGGACCAGGAAGUGGAGGUCGCACACUCCCAAGGAACGCCCUUGAUAGCAAGUCAUGUUGUGUCUGCCUUGCCCCUCCAGGUGCUAUACAAUCUCAUACAUGACCGCAACAAUACACUGUUGGUCCCCAAUUUGAACAAAAAUCCAUAUUCCACCGUGCAUGUCGUCAACAUGGUAUUCCCAUUGCCCCCGAAAGAUAUCCAUCCUGAAGGAUUCGGAUACCUCAUUCCACGCCCACCUGAUGGCUACCCCGACGCAUCGAAUCCAUCUGCUUCAGGUGUUCUUGGGACUGUCUUCGAUUCGUGCUCUCUAUAUGAACAGGAUUUCCCUCGAACAGAAAAUUAUUACAACAAUGCCUCGCAUACGAAGUUGACUAUGAUGACCGGAGGUCCUUAUUCCAAACCACCUCUUCCGCCACACCUUAGUUCAUCCGAAACGGACGUCAUGCCCCCUUUCAUACGUAAUCUUCUUGACCAACUAAAGACGCAGUUAGGAAAAGAGUUGCCUGACCCCGUUUAUUGGCGGAUAUGGAAUAAUGAAGCUUGCAUCCCAACGCUUCUUCCUGGUCAUCUUGAACGAAUGGAGGAAAUGAGGGCCCAGUUGGGACUUUCGUCGACACCGGGUUCAUUUGAUAGAGAUUCUGGGGGUUGGAAAGCACAUUUGGCUGUUGUGGGUGCUGGAGUCGGUGGUGUCAGCGUUGGUGAUUGUAUAGAAGCUGGUCGACAAGUCGGGAGGGAAUGGACAUGA